AUGACGGUGUUCAAAAAGCCCAUCUAUAGAAUUCUUAGCAAAAUACACGACGAACCCUUCGUUCGGCAGCCUGCCAAGUUGGGAGAAGCACAAAAGGGCUAUGAGGAAAGGUAUAGGUGUACCUUUCACGAUGAAGUUGGGUACCAAACUGAAGACUGCACGCCUUUGAGGCAACGUUUGGAAGAAUUGGUGGCCGCGGGCCACUUGGACAAAUACAUUGAAGGGGGACCUCGGCCAGCUACUCAAGACCACAAUGGGCCAGAUGGAAUGCCAGCCGAUGGUUUGCCUCAAGGCAUCAUUAAGAUAAUACAUGGGAUCAUCGAGCCUAAGCGAGUGUGCGAGCUGAGCGGCAUGAUCAAAAAAGCAGAGCACAUGGAGGAAGUGCUAAGCGCCCAACCAACUAUGAAAAAGGGGAAGUGGGUAGAAAAAAAUGUCAUCACUUUCUUUGACAGGGACUUAGCAAGGUUGCAAAGCCCUCACAACGACGCACUAGUGGAUAUUUUGCACAUCAAGAAUUUUGAUAUAAAGCGUAUCUUGAUUGACUAG